GGCGACGACGACGACGACAACGACGACGACGUCUCGAGACUCAAAGACCAAUCGUAAUCCGAGCUCGUCGCAACAUCAGCAGCAUCAGCUAUUAUCCGCUCAAGGACGAGUACAAGCCACGAGCAACGAUGUCGUGCCAUCGAUCAACUACUUGCCCGUGAUGGACAAGCCUCGGCCACCCUCCAAAGAGUACUUGCCGCCCAGGCAAAGCCCGAGCUCCUCGUACUUGCCUCCGAGUCGAGAGUAUCUGCCAGCUGCACCAACGGCAACGGCAGCGACGACGACGACGACGACGAUGCUGGGGGUGGCAGCGACCACCUUCGGCUCGGAAUAUCUGCCGCCGUCCUCGGUCAGUCCGACGAGACCGAGCUUCUUCGCUACCGCGACGCCACCCACGAGGCUGAAAAACGAGUAUUUGUCUCCGACGCAAGUCAUCGCGAGCAGUACGAGACAGAGCGUAAUCGAUCCGAGAAACGAGUACUUGCCACCGACGAGUCUCUCGCCCCCUUACAGGACCGAAGACAGAUUGACUGAACAACGGCAGCAGCAGCAGCCAAAGUUUCGCGCACUUGCGAGCAACGAGCCCGGCAUUAACCUCACGGAUGAUAAUUAUCUGACAGCAGUUACCACUGCGACGGAAAUUAACGACGCUAUCGCGUCUCGAGGCCCCAACUAUCAGUACGCAGCGCCAACUUCUACGGAAAGCGUGGCCAAGUACAACUUCGAGUACAGGGUGAGCGACGAGUUCGGCAACGACUUCGCCCACAAGGAGCAGCGCCAGGGCGCGCGCAUUCAGGGCUCGUACUCGGUGCUGCUGCCCGACGGCCGCAAGCAGAGGGUCAGCUACGAGGCCGACGAGCACGGCUUCGUGCCCAGGAUCACUUACGAGGAGGCCGCCAACGUGCUGCAAGCGUCCGCCUCGCCGCCGCCGACCAUUCAGGAUCUUCGCCAGCAGCAGCCACUGCAGCCACAGUUUCAAGCGAGCUUAGGCUACGGGCCCAAUGCCGAGAGCCUCGAUUACGCUCGCUAUUGACGAAAAUCAUUGCUCAAUCGAGUGAUGCAACUGUAUACGCUAAUAUAUUAUUGUAUACGUGCGAAUCCAAAGUCUACCACACAUGUCAGUCGCAUACGUGACGCUAAUUGUAUAGUAUUUUUAUCAAAUACACCCUUAAU